AUGUCUUCAGCGCUCACCACGUCCGUUUUCAUUCUUCCCUUCGCGAUUUACAAGAGCAGUGUGCCGACAGUCAGCGUCAUAGAUGCCAACCCCACAGCCACAACUCUUCAAUUUCUGUGUCCUGCCGGCCCGUACCAGGAGGUUUGCGACAAAGGCGGCUUCAACAACACCAUCGUCGUCGGGCCGUGGGCUAGCAAAACCGUUCCAGAGGGUGCUCCCUCAACGGGAACGUUUCACUGGAUGUUGACUCGCAGUGGUAUGGGCAGCAGCUCAAUUGAGUGCCCUGUGAGCAGCGGAACACCUUUGGCUUGUACUUUUCAAGCUGUAGCUGAGGCAGAUGAGUCCUUUCCUGCUGAGAGCAUCACGCAAAUCGCCACUGGGGCGAAGGAUAUAUCAGAAAGCCUCGAAUUAUCGUUCUCUACAUUGCCAGUCGUUAUUACCGCUGGCCAGGAUCGACUGAAAUCAGCUGCUCAAGCUACGGCCACGAGGGACUCAACUAGUUCUGAAGCAACCAAGGAAGCUACCGGUACUUCAAGUGAUGAAACUUCAGCAACUGCAACCUCGACUGAAGCCUCACCGACGGAAACUAAUGGGGUUGGUUCAAGUGCUUCGCGGGUCUUUGGUGCCAUGUUUAUGGCUGGAAUGGCUUCCUUGAUUGUUCAGUUUUGA